CUCUCCUCCACGCUCCAGUCAUCUUCAUCCUUUCCCUCCCCACACUAUCAUCAUGUCUCGCAUUCCGAAGGACCAGAUGCAGAAGCUUCAGAUGAUGCUGAAGAAGACCGGGUCUGGUGGAGGCUUCGGUGGUUUCCCCACGGGCGGUGGUCAAGGCGGCGGAAAGUUCUGGGGAACUGUCGCCUUGGUCGGCAUUGGAUCUUAUGUCGUGUCGGACUCGCUCUUCAACGUGGACGGUGGUCACCGUGCGAUCAAAUACUCCAGGGUAGGCGGUGUUAAGAAGGAGAUCUACAGUGAAGGAACCCAUUUCCGAAUUCCCUGGUUCGAAACGCCCGUCAUCUACGAUGUGCGCGCAAAGCCGCGCAACAUCGCUUCCCUGACCGGUACCAAGGACCUGCAGAUGGUCAACAUCACCUGCCGUGUUCUGUCCAGACCCCGUGUCGACGCUCUCCCACAGAUCUACCGCACCCUUGGCAACGACUUCGACGAGCGUGUUCUCCCGUCUAUCGUGAACGAAGUCCUCAAGAGCGUUGUCGCGCAGUUCAACGCCAGCCAGCUGAUUACCCAGCGUGAGAACGUCGCCCGACUCGUCCGGGACAACCUGGCCCGCCGUGCGGCUCGCUUCAACAUUGCCCUUGACGAUGUGUCUCUUACGCAUCUGACCUUCUCCCCCGAAUUCACCGCCGCUGUCGAAGCCAAGCAGGUCGCCCAGCAGGAGGCCCAACGGGCUGCGUUCCUGGUCGACAAGGCUCGCCAGGAGAAGCAGGCAUUCAUCGUCCGCGCCCAGGGUGAGGCCCGAUCGGCGGAACUGAUCGGCGACGCGAUCAAGAAGAGCAAGAGCUACAUCGAACUGCGGAAGAUCGAGAACGCCCGACACAUCGCCGCGAUCUUGCAAGAGAACGGCGGCAAGAACAAGAUGUACCUGGACUCGCAAGGUUUGGGGUUGAACGUGAACGCCGGAGCGGAGGACACGCGAUAAACGCAGAUUACCAACGAGUCUAGUUUAUAGUUGGAAGCGGCGAAGCUGGUCCCUGGGGCUGGGGGAAUGAAUUUUAAUUGAGCAGCAAUCUGCGUGAUACAGGCGCAAUUGAAGCCGCCUCGUGGGCGGUCCAGGAAGGACCCGGGUCUUUUGUACAAAUAGUUGUCUUCAGGAUUAUCGAGCAAUCGGCGAAAUGUUUCUCUUCUCUAAGUCGACAUCAAAAUACAUGCGUUUUGAC